UUAGUGUAAUAAGAUGUCGUUUUAAUAUUAUAUUUUAAUCAUUAAUACAAUGAUAUAUAAAUGCAUGAUAAAUCUCUCAAGGGAAAUUAUAAUUAAUUUACGACACUACUAGCCCAAUCGUUGGCAAAAAAUGGGUGUGUCAUUUUCUUGUUGAUAAACUGAAAGAAGACAAACAAAACCAUUACCAACGUUUCUGUUGUGUGUGUCAUGUCCCAAAUAGCUGCAAAAUCAAGAUUUUUGGAAUUAUGUCAUCGGUUACAUAUUGACAUGGGGGUGUCACAGAAAUGGUUUACUAUAAUUCAGGAAAGAUAUGGUGAACGCCAGCGAAAAUAUCACACAUUACAACAUUUGGAAGAUAUGUUUUCUUAUUAUGAUAAAUGGAAACCGUCACUUAGUAAACCAGAGGAUGUGUUACUUGCUAUAUAUUUCCAUGACAUAGUAUAUGAUCCUACAGCCAACGAUAAUGAAGAAAAAAGUAUACAAUUAUUUGAAGAUUUCAUAAGAGACAGUUGUCCAGACAUGAUGGAAGUUAAAACAAAUGUGAUUUAUUUGAUACAAACAACUAUAACACAUUUAACAGGUGUUAAUGACCAGAAUGAUGACUUGAACUAUUUUCUAGAUUUUGAUAUGGCUAUUCUAGGAAGUGAUGAAAAGGAUUACAGGGAAUAUGCUGAUAAUAUACGAAUAGAAUAUAAACAUCACAGUGAUGACGUAUUUAAUACGAAGAGAAUCGCUGUUCUGGAGAAUUUCUUGAAGAGACCACACAUAUUUAACGCAAAUAGUUUUCGAGAUUUAUAUGAGAAUAAAGCCAGACUAAAUAUUACAGAGGAAAUAAAAAGACUAAAAGUAAAAGGAUGACAGACAGUCAUAGGUUAUAAAAAAAAUAAGAAAUAAUCUCAUUAUUCAAAUAGUUAAUUAUUAAAAAUGAAAUGAGGUUUAACGAACUACUGUUCAGCAUCAACUGGGCUAAUGAAGAUGGGCAUGCACCAUGCAGUGUGCUAUCAGAGAAAAUUUGCCUGGACCGCAGCACUAUGAUCUACUUUUAUUUCAAAUUUCAACUGUAAAUGUUUCUUUUACGUGUACGCCAAUGUGUACAUGGGACAUCGGUUUUCCGUCCCAUGCAAAUGACUAUACAUUGUCUCCUGCCAGGCUCUCCGCUCUGCACCCCGGACAAGGGGGGAACCACGCCCAAAAAUCAUAAUGAACUUCUUGGCCAACACCAGGAUCGAAUGGGACUCAAGAUUUGCAGUUAAUUAUAAACCUGCUGAUUGUCAUUUGCAUUUUUCAGACCAUAUCUAAUGUUUCACAGCUUCAUCCAGGUGAAAAUGUACUCAAACUGAUUGCAUUUAUUUAAAAGGAAAUUAAUACCAAAUAUCAACGGCAGGUUAUCUCUUGUUUUGGAUUCGAUCAAUUGAAAGGAUGUCCAUCUCUUAAAGUUUCACAGCUUAAUCCAGGUGAAAAUGUACUCAAAUUGAUUAUUUAGCAUGUAUUUAAAAAAUAAAUUAAUACCAAAUAUCAAUAGCAGGUUAUCUCCUGUACUGGAUUCAAUCGAUUGAAAGGAGAUCCAUCGAAAUAAUUGAUCCAAUUUGAUAGGUGUUUUAAGUCUGGUUUCCAUUUAACCUGUAUGCAGUCAUUUUACCCCAGCCUUAUGAAAUGAAAUGGGGUUUGAAGUCUUACUAUUCUGCAGUGUACUAUGUGAGAAAUUACUCUUAUCUUGAUUUCCAACUGUCAGGGGAUCUUUAAAGUGCUAACACUGGACUGCGGUACUUCUUCCUAUACAAACAACUAGACACUUCUCCUUACCAGACCCUUCAUCGGGAUCACAGACAAGGGGAAAACCAGGAUGGAAAAUUCUGAACAACUUUCUCAGCAAGCACCUGGUUAUUAAGCUAGAGCCAUCAGAAAAGUGUAGUCUUAACUGACUGAAGUCAGAAACUGAAUAAUUGCAGUAAAACUACUGUCAAAUGUAACCAAUAGUAGAGGAUCAGUUCUAUCUUGAAUGGAAAUCAACACGAGACUUUCAAUUUAAUGUUUUAAUAAAAUAUAACAUACAUUAAUAACUAUAAGAUAUUAUAACAUGAGUAUAAUUGGCCUAUAUUACAAUUAUAAUACAACUAUUAAAUUUUGAUAAGUUUAAUAUUUGACUUUUAAAUGAUAUUUAUUUCAUAUUAUGAUAUAGUUUAUGGUGAUUUUGA